UGCAUCGUCAUCAAUUCUUCGGGCGGAAGCAGCAUGGCCAGCAAGGAGAUCCAGUGAGAAGUAGACGCUAUUGGUUUCAUUGUAGAAUUCAACAGUUUUUUUUUUUUUCUACCCGAACCGAGUCAAAAUCCAGGAGACGGUACCCUGUCACGUAGCGCUUACAGUAAGCAAGUAAAAUUGAUCUGCGUUUGAAGAUAGCAUAACAACACAGUAACACUACACUUGCAAAGGUGAACUGCUUUAGUGCACACUGAAAACAGAAAUUACAGUUUGGCAUCUCUUCCCUGUAGGACUGCAUACCUGCCCCACCAACCCCUUUCCAAAAUGUCUGAGGGGUGUGAGCCCCAGCCCCCCUCCCAAGAGACCCUGCUGGAGAGAGUGAGAGGACUGGAGAGGGAGGUGGAGAGACUGACAGCCGAGCUUAGCAGGAGGGAGGGAGGAGGGAAGAAGAGAGACAGGGAGGGAGGAGUGAAACCGAGAACUCCAAAGAGUGACGGAGGGAAAGAGGAACCAGAUGGAAAGAGAGAGGGAGGAGGACAGCAGGCUGUGGAGGAGGGAGCAGGCAGUGAGACAGGAGGAGUGCAGAAUGGAGCGCAGGACUGUGGGGGGCACACACCGAGGAGUAGAAAGAAGUCGUCCCAGGCUCGGGAGUUUGAUUUCGGGGCGCACCCUCGGCGCCACGUGGCCCUGCGGCUGUCCUACCACGGCUGGGCGUACCAAGGCUUUGCGUGCCAGGAGAACACGGGCAAUACUGUGGAGGCCAGGCUGUUUGAGGCCCUGCUGAAAACCAGGCUGAUCGCAGACAGACAGAGCUCCAACUACCACCGCUGCGGCCGCACUGACAAGGGGGUCAGCGCCUUCUCACAGGUGGUCUCUAUCGACCUGCGCUCCACCCAGUUUGAUGGGGGUCUGGGGGUGACCCCCCCAUCCUGCAGCAGUAAGAAUGUCUCGAAUUCAGCAGAGCUCCCAUACGUCAAAAUCCUGAACCGCGUUCUUCCAGAAGACAUCCGCGUACUGGACUGGGCUCCGGUACACACAGGAUUCAGCGCGCGCUUCGACUGCCAGUCCCGGACUUACCGGUACUACUUUCCAAGAGGAGCCCUGGAUGUGCCGCUCAUGAAAACUGCCGCCAAACGCUAUGAAGGAACGCAUGACUUCCGGAACUUGUGUAAGAUGGAUGUGGGGAACGGAGUCCUGCAGUUCCAGAGAACCAUCCUCUCCGCUGACAUCACACCUGUCCGCUGUUCCUGUGACCCCGGUGAUGACCCCUACGACCUUUUUGUCUUCGAGGUCACAGGCCUGGCCUUCCUGUAUCACCAGGUACGAUGCAUGAUGGCUGUCCUGCUCCUGAUUGGACAGAAGCUGGAAACUCCAGACAUCAUAGACCAGCUAAUGGAUGUGGAGAACAAUCCCAGAAAACCCCAGUACAGCAUGGCAGUGGACUUCCCCCUAGUACUGUACGACUGCUGCUUCGAGGGCGUGUCCUGGCAGGGAGGGGACAGCGAGGUCUCUCACUCCGUCCUGUCCAGACUGCAUCAGCAAUGGACAGAGCUGACCGUCAAGACUGAGCUGGUCAGGGACAUGAUCCGGGGCCUGCAUAGCGCAGGCCACUCCUCAACCCCGCUGUGCUCUCUCCUCGAAGGAUCCAGGCCCCGCCAGUACCGCCCCCUGCUGGAGAGACCGUGCUGUGAGAGUCUGGAAUCCAGGAUAGACCACUUUGUGAAAAGAGGGAGACUGGAGAGAGGGGAGAGUGAGGAGGGAGGGGCUGUGAUACACCGGGGCAAGAAGGCAAAACACACAGACAGCUAGGAUAGGAGAGAGACACAACUGGGGAAAAAACCCCAACACAGCCAAGGGAGCUGAGAAAGACUGGUAACAAAAGUAGUUCUAAAAAGCUUCAGGGCUGUUAGAAGUGAUUUAUUUAGUGUUUAAUUUUAUUUAACAGAACUGUCCAGUACAAUUGAUGAUGUUUCCUAAAGUCAUGUAUAAUAAAGAAGCUGUUUGUUUUAA